AUGUCGAAAAUAUUUGGCAAUCAAAUGCAAAAAGGAUGCAAGACAUGUCCGAAUAUAGCCUUGGCAUGUUUAAUACAUAAAUUAGGUAUUCAACUAACGAAGAUGCCAGGUUUUCGGAAUGCUAAUCCUGAUCGUACAUUUAAGUUACAUGGCAAAAAUAUUUUUGAUAGUGAUCCUGAGCCAAAUGCAUUUCAUUCUGUUUCACAUACGGAAAUGCUGGGCUGUUCGCCCUUGGAUAUCGAUCGUCUUAUCAAUGGUGGACAUUGGAAAGAACUCACUGAUUAUACUCGAAUGUUUGUUGCAAGUCAUUAUGAAAUGUUAAGACUGAAAAGAAAAGAAUGUACAUUACCUAAAAUAGAUUAUCAAACUACUCAUACUAGUCGACGAUCGUGA